AUGGUUGCUAGAAAGUCUGCUCCUUCCUCUGCUCCAUCGCAACCAAACCAACAACAACAACAACCAUCGAGUAGUAGUAGUUCUUUGGUUGACCCUAAUGAAGAACAAUUAAAAAAGAAGGAACAAGAUAAAAAAGAAGAAAAAGAUAAACAUAGGGUGCUAAAGAAUAUGGCAUCAAGAGGUGCAAAGACUAUAAGAGGUCAUUGCACUGGCUACAUUAUUGGAUUCGAUAAACAUUUUAAUGUCAUCCUCAAAGAUGUUGAUGAAGAGUACUCGAUCAUUGAUCAUUAUAGUUCCAAUAAUAAUAAUAAUAAUAAUAACCAAAGAAAUAAGGUUCGUGUGAAACGACAUUAUGGUCAAUUGUUUAUAAAAGGUGAUUCUAUUGUUUCUAUUGGUACAUUGACGAUGACUACGACGACGGCGACAAUGACCAAACAACAACAACAAAUCGAUCCACCACCAUUGACAACAAUAUCGCAAUGA